GGACCUGGCGCAGGCUUCCGGAAGGAGAGUGCGGGAGCAAAAUGGCCACCACCAAGCGUGUGCUGUACGUGGGUGGACUUGCAGAGGAGGUGGAUGACAAAGUUCUUCAUGCUGCUUUUAUUCCUUUUGGAGACAUCACAGAUAUUCAGAUUCCUCUGGAUUAUGAAACAGAAAAGCACCGAGGAUUUGCUUUUGUUGAAUUUGAGUUGGCCGAGGAUGCGGCGGCAGCUAUUGACAACAUGAAUGAAUCUGAGCUCUUUGGACGAACAAUUCGCGUCAAUUUGGCCAAACCGAUGAGGAUUAAGGAAGGCUCUUCCAGACCGGUUUGGUCAGAUGAUGACUGGUUAAAGAAGUUCUCUGGGAAGACUCUGGAAGAAAACAAAGAGGAAGAGGGGUCAGAGCCUCCCAAAGUGGAAAAGCAGGAGGGAGAGCCCGCUGCAAAGAAGGCCCGCUCCAACCCACAGGUGUACAUGGACGUCAAGAUCGGGAACAAGCCAGCGGGCCGCAUCCAGAUGCUCCUGCGUUCGGAUGUCGUUCCCAUGACAGCAGAGAAUUUCCGUUGCCUGUGCACCCACGAGAAGGGCUUUGGCUUCAAGGGGAGCAGCUUCCAUCGCAUCAUCCCCCAGUUCAUGUGCCAGGGCGGCGAUUUCACGAACCACAAUGGCACCGGGGGCAAGUCCAUCUAUGGGAAGAAGUUUGAUGACGAGAACUUUAUCCUCAAGCACACGGGGCCAGGCCUGCUCUCCAUGGCCAACUCUGGCCCCAACACCAAUGGCUCCCAGUUCUUCCUGACUUGUGACAAGACGGACUGGCUGGACGGCAAGCACGUGGUAUUUGGGGAGAUCACGGAAGGCCUGGAUGUCCUGCGAAAGAUCGAGGCCCAGGGCAGCAAGGACGGGAAGCCGAAGGAGAAGGUGAUCAUCUCCGAUUGCGGGGAGUACGUGUGAGAGGCGCUUUCCCUGCGCUGCGCCUGUGGGCCCCGGAUUCGUUCACCCGGGGGAUCCCGCACUUGUUAAGCAGGGGUCCGUGACGUGGCCCUUCUCGGGGUCAGCUUGGAGCAGCUCCCCUGCAGGCCGGCCUGGGCUUCCCCUGGCUCUUUCCCAAGUGUGGCUGGGGAGCCGGCACGGGGCCCGGGUGCCUGCUGUGGAUGGCUGGGCGUGGCCUUCGCAGGCCUUUGCUGCUGGCGCCUCUCGUGAGCCCACUGGUGUGGCUGUUGGACAUUUCUUGUGGUAAAAUGGAUCAUAAUUUAUUUUGCCAGAUAUAAUAAAACCUCCCCCCAAAGUGAUGACUUCA